UAAUAUCAAACCAGUAUGUUUAGGACUUAUCUUUAGGUCAAUGAGAUAUUAAAAUUGUCUCGAAAACAAUUAUCUAUCGGAUAUAAAUAACUCGGUUAUCGUUUUCUUUGUGUCAUUGUUAAAAAAAAUCAUUGCACAAUCGAACUCACCGAUGAAUCACGCGAUUUUAUGCAAAUGAACACCGGUUGCUCGAGCAAAUGAAUUAACUUUCAGUUUACAAAGACCGUGUUGCUUUAAAUAAAACACAAUGGAUAAUUUAAAGGAAGGAAUGAAUUAUUUGAAAGGAUACCAGCAUGUUGCUGAUUUUCAAAGAUUCUGUGGUGUUGAGAUUGUCGAAGUUGAUACAAAUGACAUCAAAGACAGUGCCAAUCAUGCAAAUGGUAAUGUAAACAACCAUUCUGAAGAGAAAUGUGUUGAAAACGGUGGUACACAGGAAAAUGUGAGGAAGAGAUCUGCUCAAAACCACGUGAAUGGAUACAAAAAUGGAAUUAGCAAUCCUUACAAGAAGGAAGCAAAACUUGCCUACAGAAUUACAAACAAAUUUUUGUAUUAUCUUUUCCAAUUUGGAGCCAGUUUAGGGAGUGAAAUAUUUUAUAUCAUUUUUUUUCCUUUCAUGAUUUGGAAUGUAGAUAGCCGUUUAACGAGGCAGGUGUUAUUAAUCUGGUACCCACUGAUGUAUUUUGGUCAAUUUCUUAAAGACUGGAUUCAGUGGCCACGCCCUGGGCCCCCAGCCGUUCGAUUAGAGGGUAAUCGAUUUGAGAUGGAAUAUGGAAUGCCAUCAACGCACACUAUUGUUGGAACUUGUAUACCAUUUAGCCUUCUAGUCCUUACAUCAAAAUAUUAUGAGUAUCCAUUUGUACUUGGCUUGCUGAUUGCUUUAGCCUGGGCUGGACUGGUUGCUGCUAGUCGUGUUUAUUUAGGAAUGCAUACAGCUUUUGACUGUAUUGCCGGAAUUAGCCUUACAGCGAUAGCUUUGCCAUGGAUGUUGAGUGUGGUAGAAUAUGUGGAGUAUUAUCAGGUCACCAGUCCUUAUUCGCCUUUUGUGUCGUUCCUGAUACCUCUUCUGGCCUGUGUUUAUUACCCAAAGCCAAAAGUUUGGAGUAUAACACGUGGUGAUACGUCUAACAUAGUUUCAAUAGGAUCAUGCUGUAUCUUGUCGGCAUGGUUGAACUUUCAGCUCGGAUGGAUGACGGAGACGCCCAAAUCGUCGGUUCUUCAAACCCCUGCCUACAAUUACAGCCGAGUGGGUAACAUACAGUCUUUUAAGAACAGUGUUUAGGCGUUAUAGCACUUGCAGGCUCUAGGAUCAUCUCGAAAAAGAUUUUCGUGAAAAUAGUAUGUGCUUGCGCUGGUGUUGACACAAAAGAUAUAACAAAGCAACGGGAACUUGGUCUUGAGGUUGCCAGUACGCUGGCUCACUAUAGGCGGGCUAGCUGUCUCUACAGCUUUUACGGCUCCUGUAUGCUUUAACUAUCUAGGUUUACUGAGAGAUGGUUUUUAUAGUGAAGUUGGUCUAUGAGAUUUUUCUCUAUUUUAGACAAAAUAUGGAUGUUGCAAUAUACUUUAGGAAUAGAAUAAGAGAUAUGGGAGUAGAACACUUUUUGAAAAUAGUGUCAAUCUUUAAUAU